CGUUAGCAGGACGCCGUGACGGUGUCUUUGGUUUCAUUCGCCGUCUUGUUUUAGUUUUUAUUCUGAAUUUGCACAUAUCUAGAUCGUGUAAAAGAAUAACAUUUAAUACAUAUAUUCUUCGUUCAGUAUAAAAUCGUCUCAGGGUAGCUAAGGUUUGCUAGCUGCUGACAAAGAGACGCGAAAGUUAGCGAGAAGUAGCGCGCAUGCGUCAUCGCCAUUUUAGACUUUUAAAGAUUGCGACGAAAUGAUUGCAAAAGUUAGCAAAACGAUGAUAUUCUUGUCGCGUUUGUUGUCAAGUCGCUUUACAUUUUUCUUGGGGAAUGUUAAUUACUGUCCAGACAAACUCAUCACAGUUAACUUAAAAGCUUCUCAGGUUAGCUUAGCUUGCUAGCAGCUAGCAAAGAGACGCGGAAGUGAUCAACACAUUUAUGAGCAUAGAUCAAGUGUGAGUGUAAAGUGUUGUGAUUGUGUGAAAAUGUGUAAAGUACAAAUGCUGAGAGCGUUGGUGAAUCAGAGACUAACUGCAGCUGUUGAAGAAAUAUUUGUAGUGUUGGAAAGAACGAUAGCAGAGUACGAGGAGGAACUUUCUCGAACAAAAGAGGAGAACGAGCGACAACGUCAACUGCUGGACGCUGUUUUUACGCAACAUCCAGUUGCGUUACAUAGAGUAGAUGUCACUGAAGAAGAUGUUCCCCAUGAGCAGGAGGAGCCACAGCCCACCCACAUUAAAGAAGAAGAGGUGGAUCACAGCAUCAGUCAGGAGGGAGAGCAUCUUGAAGGACUGGAGGAGUUCCCAGUGAUUGGUGUCAUUGUGAAGAGUGAAGAUGAUGAAGACAAAGAUGAAAGUGAGGAGAAGAGAGAGGUGGAGCCUCCAAGCAGCAGCUCAACUGAACACAAAACAACAGAAGCUGAUGGAGACCACUGUGGAGGAUCACAAGCAGACAACCUCUUAGCUCCACUAUCAGAUAGUGACGACACAACGUCACACUCUCCUGACACUGAUGAUGAAGACGCUAAAGCUGAUAUGACAUGUCACACUGACAGCAAAAUCUUGAAAUGCUCUCACUGUGACAAAACUUUUAAUGACCGUAGUAAUCUGAAAAGACACAUGAGAUAUCACACAGGAGAGAAACCAUUCAUCUGCUCGGUUUGCGGCAAAAGAUUCUUUCAGAAGUCACAUUUGACAGUACAUGUAAGAUUACACACUGGGGAGAAACCUUUUACCUGUUCAGUGUGUGGUGUAGGUUUUGUACAAAAUCAAUCUUUGAAGAUACACAUGAGAAUACACACUGGUGAAAAACCUUUUACUUGUUCAGUCUGUGGUAUCGGCUUUAGACAAAAGCCAUGUUUGAAACAUCACAUGAAAAGACACACUGGGGAAAAACCUUUUAGCUGUUCUAUCUGCGGUAGAACAUUCUACGGGAAGACACAUUUGACAGCGCACACCAGAACACACACUGGAGAAAAACCUUUUUCUUGUUCGGUGUGUGGUAUAGGUUUUGCUCGAAAAGAUGAGUUGAAAGUACACAUGAGAAGACACACUGGUGAGAAAGUGUUUAGUUGCAGUGUGUGUGGUGAAAGAUUCUCUUAUAAGUACCAGCUUAACAAUCACAAGUGUGCUGGUGAGAACAGCAGCAGUAAAUGAAGCUGCAGGACUUGAAAUCAGCUGUCAACACUUUUGUCUUGUCCCCCCUCACUUACCUUCCUUAGCAGUGUCAUUUGCAGACCGGUAACUGAGGCUGAGUUCAACUCUUGAUCCUUUUACCCCCCUUAAAUUGUAAAAAAAAAAAAAAAAAAAGUUGUUCUUCCCUUGCUGAAAGGAGGGUCUGAUAUUAACUACAGGACAAUAUCAAAGUUUUGUAGCAGUCUUUUGAGAAAUUGUUGCUGUACAGCUUUAUACAGUAUUUUAUCAAACGACUUGGUUUCUAAACGCUACACAGUACAAUAACUUCUGCAGUUAAAGUAGUUAAUAUAAUUGAGUCUCUUGAUGGUAAAAAGGUCUGUACAGUUAUUUUUUUGGCUUGUCAAAAGCCAAAGUUUGACUACAACAUCAUAUAUUGUUGUGUGUGUAGCACAAUCUUGUUGCUUCUGCCAUUUAAAUUCAAUAAAAAAAUUAAACGCUGUGAUAGUCACUUUUAUUUCAGAGGUGACUGAACAUGCAUUUAUUAAUGUAAUGUACGUAGCAUACUUAUGAAUA